AGGCAGCGUCGGUUAGGACGCCAACAUGGCGGCUUACAGUACAGUUUUUAGAAUUUAUUUCAGAUUUUAACCUUUCCGGUGGGGACGCACUUCUCCGUUUUACUGUGUUGUUGUUUUUAAAAUUCAAUCACUGCUUUGGGGUCGAAGUGAUUGAAAAGCGGCCAGCCGGUGGGCACUGUCAGGGAAGGGGAGGUGAUGGCGAGCGAUGGCAGGAGGCAGUUCUGGAAGCGGAACACCAAGGUUCCGGGAAGUAUACAACAAGUUUAUGGAGCACAACAUCCCCCAUUUGAUCCCCGGCUACAUAAAAACUUACUUAAAGAAGGUUCUAAGAUGUAUGCACAGUCAAAAUCAAAGAGAGCCUCAAGUUUCCAUGAGUUUGCAAAAAGUACCAGUGAUGCUUGGGAUAUUGGGGAUGAUGAAGAAGAGGAGUUCACGUCUUUUGCUUCCCAAAGCCUUAAUUCAAAGGUUGCAAUGGCAACAGCCGCUCAGGUCAUUCAGAACCACAAUAAAUUGAAGGAAUCUCCUGGAGAGAAGAUGCAGCAGUCUGAAUCAACCGAUGAGGUUAAAAGAAAUGGCAAGGUGGUCAAAUCGAACAGUGAAGUACAACUGUCAGUGUCUUCAGGUACCUUAGGCAGAGUAACACUCCAGAAACAGCAGUCACUCCCUACGCGGCCUGUUAUUCCAUUAGUGGCACGAAUUGCAGAUCAGAAUGCGUCAGGGGCACCACCAAUGACAAUAAGAGAAAAAUCCCGUCAUGAAAAGUUCAAACAACUUUUAAGCAGUGCACACACAGAUUUAGAAGAACUAAGGAAGUACAGCUGGUCAGGUGUUCCAAGAGAAGUUCGUUCUGUUACGUGGAGACUCCUGUCGGGUUAUCUACCUGCAAAUAUGGAGAGAAGGGAAAUCACUCUGCAGCGAAAACGGGAAGAAUAUUUUGGAUUCAUCGAACAAUAUUAUGAUUCCAGAAAUGAAGAACAUCACCAGGAUACCUAUCGUCAGAUUCACAUUGACAUUCCCAGAACUAACCCCCUCAUUCCUCUGUUUCAACAACCUUCUGUUCAAGAGAUCUUUGAACGAAUCCUCUUCAUAUGGGCUAUUCGACAUCCAGCGAGUGGUUAUGUUCAAGGAAUUAAUGACCUGGUCACUCCUUUCUUUGUAGUGUUCCUUUCAGAGCAUGUGGAAGAAGAUGUGGAAAAUUUUGAUGUAACUGACCUGUCUGAGGCAGUGCAGCGGAAUAUUGAAGCUGAUAGUUUCUGGUGUAUGAGCAAACUAUUAGAUGGCAUCCAGGACAAUUACACUUUUGCACAACCAGGGAUUCAGAAGAAAGUCAAAGCGCUUGAAGAACUCAUCAGUCGAAUUGAUGAGCAAGUGCACAUUCACUUCAGAAAAUAUGAAGUAGAGUAUCUGCAAUUUGCAUUCCGGUGGAUGAAUAAUUUGCUCAUGAGGGAGCUGCCUCUCCGAUGCACAAUCCGACUUUGGGACACAUACCAGUCAGAGCCAGAGGGAUUUUCUCAUUUCCACUUAUAUGUCUGUGCUGCUUUCCUCAUCAAAUGGAGAAAAGAAAUUUUGGAAGAAGAUGACUUUCAAGGUCUCCUGAUGUUGUUGCAGAACCUACCUACAAUCCACUGGGGUAACGAAGAAGUUGGCCUUCUCCUAGCAGAAGCAUACAGGCUUAAGUACAUGUUUGCAGAUGCACCUAAUCACUACAGACGAUAAGUGGUUAGCAAAAACAUUGAGAGCCGAAUUUAAACUCCUUGCGGUCUUUCAGGUCAGGUGGACAUCAGCUCUAUUGACUGAGACAGCAACUCUUUCAACUACUUUGAAAGUAGUUUCUAAUUACUUGAAGCUUUUCUUGAGCUGUUAUUGUAAUAUACUAAAUUGAAAGUAGACUGAGAGCUCCCUCAGUUUGCUCUUCAUAGAGCCUUGAUAAAUCUUUGAUACUAGGUUAUACAUAAUUCUUAGAAAAGGAUUUGAAAGGCAUUAUAUAGUGUGUUUCUGUAUAAUAGUCACUAUGUAUUUGUCCUUAAUUUGAACUACUGUGAGCUUAUACUUAGAAACUUGCUUAAGUGUUUGGAUCUAGUGUGCAUAAAAGAGACUGGGUAAAUUUUCCUCAUUCUUAAAACUGGCAUCAAAUUUCUUGUGGUAAACGAUACUCAUUCACAAUAUUUUUAAUUGUGCCUCUUUUUUAAAAAAAAAUAGUUUUCCUCAUUUUAUUUUGAAGUUGCUGUGUACUAUUUGGUGUUAACUUUAACUGUUUUGGUGAGAUACAUUCAUUUAAAAAUAUUUUUCAUUUCUACUAAUUAUCAUUUUUAUAAGCAAUAAAAUGAUUCAUUUUUUAAUGUAGAAUUUGGGAAAUUUGGAAAAAAUCUAACUAUCUUUAUAACUUUUUUUUAAAGACCUGUAUUAUGAGAGCUAAUGUUGUGUUAAAAGACCAAUUAUUAAUGCCAAUAAUGUAGAUUUCAAACUGUACUGAAGCCAUUCAAGAGCAAAAUAUGUUUCUCAGGUAUUUCCUUUUGAUUUGUGUGCCUUUUGACCAAUUAUUUUUAUGUAAAGUUGAGAAAACAUUGCAAUAUUUAUGUUUAAAAUUAUUUUGGAAAGCGUUGCUGACAUUUCUUUUAGCACUUAAUACUUCCCUUUUGUCUGCUGAAAGAUACCUUGUGUAUGACUUCCAGGGUUUAAAAAUUAUUCAUGUAACAAAAAUAUAUAAAUAUAUAUAUUUUUAAAAUAUAUAUCUGAGACCUGAGAAGCAGAUUUUUCCAUUGAUGGCCAACAAUUAUACGGAUAGGGUGAAAUCUCUGAUUUUUGUUCCUUUCCCCUCUUGUUCUCACCUUAUUGGUUUGAGGCUCUAAUAUUACAGAAGUGGUGCAGAGAAUUUAGUACGACUAACCUGGCUAGAAAAGUGGCUUACCCUGCAUCCAGCAAUGACUGACAUCAUUCUCAGAUUGCCUGUUGUUUCCAAGUAUUCUCAAGGGAUAUGGAGAAAAGGUGAGAAAAUAGAUCUGAGAUACAGAUCAGAAACAAUCUAACAAUAGCUGAAUAGCAUCUUCCUGUUCCUAAAGGUAAAUAUAUCAAGAGAUAUAAAGAGAAAGCAGAAUAAGGGAGCUGAGGUACAGAUUAGCCAUGACCUAAAAGUGUAGCAGAACAGACGAGGGGCUGAAGAACCUACUGCUUUUCCUUUGUUCAGGAACCAUGACUGCUUAUGCUGUAUUGAUGGGAGCUGUACCUCCUGCAAGAUAAAGUAGACUGUAUCAUUAUUCUCACAGUUCACUACCAUAAACUAUCUCUAACUAGUAGCCUGCCAAAAUCAUUAUAAGUGCACAUUCUUGGGAAUCAAACUUGGAACUUAAUCUAGUAGCUCCAAGGUUGUGAGUCUUUCUGCUGUGAGACUCCUCGCUCAGCUUUAUUGUAUUUAAUAUAUAACCUUUGAUCAUUUUUGGUCAUGUCAGGAAAAGGUAGUCUUUGUUUACUUCUACACUGAACUUGCAGCAUCUGAGCUUUAUGUCAUUGGGUGGUGUGAUUCUUUGGAAGUUGCUAUCCAGGGCUGUUUUUAGUGCGAAGAAAAGGCAGAUAAAUGAUGUAGGUUCAGAGGUCCACAAAGAGACUUUAUUAUAUGUUUAAAACUAUGUCAAUAAUUUCAUCAUUUACCUUUUAACUUAAUGUCUGAAUGCCAUGUUUGUUUUAAUCGUGUUUUCCUUUUUACUUAAAGGGCAAAUUAUUGAAACUACUCUGCUGUAGUUUUUGGUGUGUCUGUGUAUUGUCACUCUGGAAAUUUUAAAAUAAUGUAAAUGGUAAUUUUUACAUUGAAUUUCAAUCAAAACUGUGCUUUAAUUUCCUGCAUUCUAAAAGGAAGUGUGAAUGUGCAAAUUAUUUUCUGGACAAUUAGGUAGGUGUGUAAGUUCACUAAUGUGAUUACAGUCCUAACACCUCGUUCUGCUUCCAUUUUUAUAUUUACUUGCAAAUGGUUACAUUCUAAUCAAAGUCAUGCACGUGGAUCAAAGCACAAUUAAUUUCUUUGACUAAAUUUAGAAGAUAGCAAGUAUAUUGCUUUUUUUCCCCUUCACAUAUAAUGCAGCUUCCCUGGCUAAUCCCAAUUGCUGUUGAUCUUACCACCAAAAGGAGGGCCAAAAUUGAAAGACGUAUAUCUAAACUACCCUUCGUCAAUGGUUGCCUAAUGUUUGACCAAAAUUUGGAACAGAUUGGGUUGGUUAUGACCUUAGCUGAGGAAUGAUUAUAUGGCGCAAGGAAGCUUUAAACAUUAUUUUUUUAAACUGGCAAAUGAACACACCAAUAUAAUGGUGCAAAUGUUUUCACUCCUGUGAGCAUAAUGAGACUGUUCUGAUCAGAAUUGCUAUCAUAUAUGUGAUGCUUGUCCAUAUGUUGUUGUGUGAAGCUGGAAUCCUAAUCAGGAAACAAAUGCUAUUUUAGCUUUUAUAUACUGAAGAUUUGUUAUUUACACAAUGAAAAUGUGAGCAGAACCAACAUGCGGAACAAGUGAACUUGUGUGCCUUUACUAACUGUUCUGAACUGUACAGUUAUUGUAGUGUUUGGCCAUGGUUGUGUGGCAUUUCAUGUUGUAAAUAUUAGCACAAUGUCUAUGACUCUGGAACGCUUACAGCUACACCAUCAGAAACCAGAGAGAUGUUGCAUGGUAUUUCAAGUUUCUUUAGACCUUUAGGAUGGAAGUGAAUUAUAACUGUGACUUUCCACCUUUUCACUGUGUGAUGUUUUAACAUGAUAUGUGCUAUCAAAAAGACACAAUUUGUUGUCACUUCUGCGUGCAAUAAGUCCAAAAGAUGAUUUUUUUUGUGUAUUAUGUUGUAGCUGUUAUAGACCUGUUUUGCAGAUUACAUAAUACAAGAUAUUCCAUCAAAGUAGUUUAUCAAAGACUGGAAAUGUGAUCUUGCAAGCACAUUUGUACAGCAGUGAAGAGAUUAAUAUAUUAGCCCUUUGGAUGAUACUGUCUCUGAAAUAUGCCAAAUUCCUUUUCAAACCAUGUUUUUUUUAAUGCUUCUGUAGUCAGUGCUAUUAUGAGGCUUUAAAAAAUUAAAUUCCUGCUCCACAUCAA